AUGGACGGCCCUCCAGCGAAACGUGUCAAAACCGAGGGCGAAGCCAACGUCUUCGACAGCGCCGACCGGUAUAGCGAGUUUGCCAACUCGGUGGAUUCACUGGUGGGCUCAAAUCCCAAUUACCCUUACCACCAGCGCCCGGCGCCGUCGCAGCUGGUAACUCGCUCGUACACCCAGCAACCGCCCCUGCUGCUGUAUCUGCUGAACUACAACUAUCCUCAAGGGACGAACAACUACCUGACUCUGUUUGAACCUCUGCGGGCCCCUCAGACAACGCUGCAGGCGCUGGCAGCCACAGGUAGCAGUGGGGGCGGGGCGCUGGCCGCUGACCCCAACAAACUCAACGAUGCCCUUGCCGCCGCCGGGGUCAACAUUGCCGAGGAAGAAGAGAUUCUGCUGAACUUGCACCUGCGGGCGUUUGCCACCCUGAGUCAGGCGUACCGCCAACAACUGAUGGUGAAGCCGCAACGGCUAGCCCCGUUUUUGAACCAAUAUCAACUCGCUCAGUUCAUGGCACGGGUGGCCAAGGAAAACGGUGUCAGUCAAUCCUUCCACAACGACCACGAGAUGCUCGAGUUUGUCCUGGCGGCUUGCGAAAACUGGAUGUCGCAAAUCAUUCUGCGCAUGUUAAUCCUCAGCCAUCACCGACGGCGAGGAAUUGCUCUGUUUCAGCAAACUAACCAGUCAGGUCAGCUGAGCAGUGCGGCAAAGCUGGCAGCUAAGCGCCAAAGCCAGCUGCAACGACUGGAGCUCUCUCGCGAAUUGAGAAACAUUGCUGCUAGACAAAAGGAGCUUGAAGAAAAGCGGGUGUUGAAACGGGUGGCGCUUGGUCUCGAAAAGGAUGCUAAUCUGGAGGCUGCUUCGGGGGAUGCUAAGGGAGCCGCUGCCGAAGAGGCUUUGCACCGGCUGACUAACGAAACCGCAGCCAUGAUGACUACGGGCAAGAAAAAGUAUGCCUGGAUGGAUCUGGCGGGGGCGGGUCUGGCGAAGAAGGGCAACGGUAACGGUGCCAGUAGUGUCACCAGUGACAAAAACAAGCAAAGUGCCCUUAUUACGGCUCGUGGUGAUAAUGGUCUACGCUAUCGAGAAAUCCGACUGGGCAAUUCAGUGAUGAUGAAGGAUUUGUUGAGCUCGCUCGAGCUGGAGCGCAUGUGUCUGCAAAAGGCAUUACUAAAAGGGUACACUAAAUUGAAGGAAUAG